AUGGCCAUGCAAGAUAUUGGCGUUUCGAUUGUGGGGAAAAUCACGGAGAAGUUUAUUGAUCCAAUUAUGCGUCAAUUUCAGUAUUUAUUUUGCUAUAGAAGCAACGUUGAAACCCUGAGGAAUGGCAUCAAAAAACUCGAGCUAACGAAAACUGAGGUGCAACGAUCGGUAGAUGCAGCAAGAAACAAUGGUGAAGAAAUUAAACCAAUUGUUACUGAUUGGCUAAGGCAGGCUGAUGGUCUAGAGAAAGAGGCAGAUACUAUUUUUGAGGGUAUGGAGAAUGUUAAGGUGAAUUGCUUUAAAAUUGUUAGGCUCCCGAAUUUGAAGUCACGUUAUUUGAUAGGCCGCCAUGCUGCCAAAAGAGGAAAUGAUGCUGAAAAACAUCUCAGAGAGAGGCGGUUUGAUGAAGUUGGAUACCUUCCUCCACUGGGGAAAAUGCCUUUUAGUGAAUCAACCCCAUCCUUUGAGGAAAGUCUAAUUACAAGGAUGUCAAUGAAAAGGGAAGUGAUUGAAGCUCUAAAGCAGGAUAAAAGAAGUCUACUCGCAAUUUGUGGUAUGGCCGGCGUAGGCAAGACUUUUUUGUUGGAGCAAAUUGCCGACCAGGUUAAGUCUGAGAAACUGUUUGAUGGCGUAGCCUUUGCAACUAUUUCUCAAAAUCCAGACAUGAGAAAUAUCCAAAAUCAACUUGCUGAGCAGUUAAGGAUGAAAUUAAAAUCUGAGCACAGUGGUCGUGCAAGAGCUGAACAGAUUUAUACUAGACUAAUCAAUAGUGACAAGAGAAAUCUUGUUAUGCUGGAUGACAUUUGGGAAGAAGUGGAUCUUAGGAGUCUAGGAAUUCCCAUUAGAUCAGGUAAGUGCAAGAGCUUAACAGUUGUAUUGACAUCUCGGUUCUCUCAUGUGUGUAGGAACAUGGAAGCAGAAAUUUUUGAGGUGAAUGCCUUGCCUAAGGAAGAAGCAUGGCAUCUUUUUAAAGAGGUUGCGGGAAUUUCCGAUGAUUCAGCUUUGAGUGACGUUGCAAAACAAGUUGCAGAAGAAUGCAAAGGAUUACCUCUAGCAAUCGUUGUUGUUGCCAGGGCAUUUAGGACUAAUUAUACAACACCAGAAUCCUGGAAACUCGCCCUUGGACAGCUAAAGAAGUACACAAUGAGAGACCUAGAAAGAGUUCAAGAUUUGGUGUUUUCCAGAAUCGAAUGGAGCUAUGAUCGUUUGAAAAGUGUUGAAGCCAAGUCACUACUACUGUUUUGCAGCUUGUUUCCAGAGGAUUAUAGCAUUCCAGUCGAAUGUUUGGUUAGGUAUGGGAAAGGGUUGAAAAUGUUCCAAGAUAGAGAGACUUUGGGAGAUAUGAGAUACAGAGUAGACCAGAGUAUCAGUGACCUUAAAAGUUGCUAUUUGUUGCUAACCGAUGGUGGAAAAGAAGACCAUGUAAAAUUGCAUGAUGUCGUGCGAGAUGUUUGCUUGAAAAUUGCAUCAGAAGGCGAGCAUGUAUUUUUGGUAAGGAAUGUUGGAGGAAAAGAAGGGCACCCGCAACCUGAUUCAUUUGGUCGUUAUACAGCUGUUUCGCUGACAUGGAAGGGCAAUUCUAAUGGACCAUUUCCAUUGGGAGAGGAAUGUCCAAAGCUUAGGCUGCUGCGUUUGGUCUUCCAGUCAGGCAAAAUGAUCAGCCUAUCACCAGAUUCUUUUGCAGGGAUGGAAGAUCUCAGGGUCAUGGAGUUUAACAAAUUACAAAUUGAAUUUUCACCAUCAGAUCCUGGCCAAAUGUUGAUGAGCCUUCGGACAUUGUGCCUGGAUUAUUGUGAGUUAGGGAUUGGAACGUCGUCGAUGAUUGGAUACAUGACGCAAUUGGAGAUUUUGAGCUUCUUUGAGUCCAGACUUCGGGAUAAUCAGUUUCCAACCGAAAUUGCUCAGCUGAGUAAUUUAAAGGUGUUGGAUUUGAGGGUUGAAAGUAGCCGCCACCCGUUGUCUCUUGGUAUCUUGUCAAGCUUGAAAAAGCUAGAAGAAUUGUAUAUGGGAUUUCAUCGUCCAUUGCGGCUAGGGAGAAAUGCAGAAGAAGAAAGAGGAUGCAUUAAAGAGAUCACAUCACUGGCUUGCCUUGAAUGUCUCCAAAUUAAUUUACAUGGCAUUGACGACCUGCUUCUAUUAUUACGCGAAUUCCCUGUUGAGAGGUUGUCAAGAUUUAACAUUAGUUGCAAACAAACUCAGACAAAAAACGGUGGAGACUAUCAAUUUCGGAGGAAUUUCAAACUUUAUUUGCCUGACGAGAAAGAUUCCGAACUAGCAUUGUGUCCUGCAGUUACUAGCAUAAUCAGGAGAACUGAGAAUCUCAUUUUGGACCUUGGGUUCUUGUUUCGCUCGGGGAAUUUUGUGAAUGACUUAGAUGAAAGUGGAUUUGUCAAUUUGAAAAGGCUCAGAUUGAAGUCGGGUUCAUGGGAAUGCCUUAUUGAUUCCACCACCAACCUAGCUCCUCGACAUGUUUUUGAAAAUCUGGUGUUCAUGGAAUUAACAUCUGGCAAAUUGGAAGAAAUAUGUUAUGGAAAUCUUCCACCUCGUUGCUUCAGCCAACUUCAAGAGAUGAAACUCCUGAGAAUGAAUUUUAUUGAGUACUUGUGGAAGGGGCCAAUUGAACCUCCGUCACUUUGCAAUCUCAGAGGUAUUGAGGUAUCUAACUGUCAGCGAAUCACAACUCUCUUCUCACAAUCAGUGUUGAAAUGUCUAGUGAAACUCCAAAAGAUAGUCGUAUAUAGUUGUGAAAAUUUGGAAAGCAUUGUUAUGAGGGAAGAAAAUAUGAAGGAUCAAGUGCUUGAGUUACCCCAACUCAAAGUAGUAACACUUAAAUAUACGGGCUUAGAGGGCUUUGGCUGCGAAGGCGAUACAUAUUCCAGAGCUUUUCUCAACCAGGUCUCACUCCCUCGGUUGGAAAUGCUAGACCUUACAAGUCCUGGUUAUCGCCCAGAACAAUUUGUAGGAGGUGAAAUGCUUAGAGGGUCUCUUGAGAACUUAAGAUCUUUGGUGCUUUCAAGGUGCUAUGUUAUCAGAUGCAUUGCGAAAGCUGAUGGUGUGGCAUUGUUAGAGAAUCUGCAGAGCUUUUCUAUGGGUGAUUGUCCUUCGAUGGAAUUACUUUUCGACCUUGAGGGUCUAAAAGUUCCCAUUCCAUCAAAAAAGGAGCUUGAAAUUCUUCCCAAUCUAAAGUCACUGGAAUUGAGAGGGUUAACAAGAUUAGCCCACAUUUGGAGGAAUUAUCCAAAAGGGAUUCGAGUAUUCCAAAACUUGAGAAUAUUACAAGUAGAGGGGUGCAGUUUACCAUGUUUGUUUUAUCCACCUUGCGUGGCUGAUAUGCUUGUAAGUCUUGAAGAAUUGAAAGUUGGUCUUUGCCCGGCAAUGUAUGCAGUUAUAGCGGGGGAAAAUGAAGAGACCAGUCAAGAAGAUCAUGAUGGUGGGGAAAAAAGAGAAAUUUCAUUGGGAAGAACCAACAAGGAGUUUUUGUUCCCAAAACUAAGCUCCUUAAGCUUUGUAAACCUCCAAAAUCUUCAAAGCUUCAGUGGUGGUCACCACGAGGGUUGUGACUUCAAAUUUCCUUCACUGACCCAAUUGGAAAUAAUGCGUUGCCCGGAGUUGAAGAAUUUGUGUCCCGGAAAAUUGGAUGCACCAUUACUUAAGAAAGUCAAAGUGGAAGAGAAUGAUGCCAAUAUUCCUCUGGAUUUAAAGGCUGACAACCUGUCAUUUCUUGAACAAAAUGGAGCAUGGCCUAGGCAACAUCCAAGGCAUUCCAUUGGGAAGCAUUAUCACCAACCACAUGUGGGCUAUGGAUCGAAAUGUGAGUGGUCCUCGACUCAAGAAGAUGCUCAAGGUGAUAGUCGACAAGAGAAAGAAGCUGAAAUUGCACGUAUUGAAGAAUCUCAAGGGGUUGAGAGAACUACCCAACCAGUCUCAACCGAUCCUUCCUCCUCACGUCGUCCAUCAUCACCGCAAGACACUCAGUCUUUUCUCAAAAAGAUGAUGGAUAAGCUGCUUUGUAUUGAGGUCGAAGUGAAGAAGAGUAGACAAGAGAACAAACAGAAUUCCGAGCGUCUUCGUCACAUUGAAGCUAAAUUUGGCAUUGAAACUCCACCAACUCCAUCUUCUUUAACUGACCAAGCGGCUACUUGA